GACGCAAGCAAAGCGCGACGUUCCCGGAAGAGACGUGGCAGCGGGCGCUGGAGAGAGGCGGCGGAGACAGGUGGGCCUCGCCCCUCGCCCGUGGACCAGGGAGAGCCAGAGGCGGUUGGGCUGCUCCGGCGACGCUCGGACGCUCCGUUACCGCUGCCUGGGCCGCCCCGGGACGGUUCCCUCGCCAAGGGAGGCAGCUCUUCUCGCCACCCUAAGCCACCCUUGCGCCGACUACGAUGGGGCUCUGCAAGUGUCCCAAGAGGAAGGUCACCAACCUGUUCUGUUUUGAGCAUCGAGUGAACGUUUGCGAGUACUGCAUUGUCGCUAACCAUGCCAAGUGCAUCGUCCAAUCAUACCUGCAGUGGCUUCAAGACAGCGAUUACAAUCCCAACUGCCGGUUGUGUAACGCGCUUCUUUCCAAUAAAGAGACGGUUCGGCUUGUGUGUUAUGAUCUCUUCCACUGGUCCUGCCUCAAUGAGAUGGCCAACCAGCUUCCACAGAACACGGCCCCCGCUGGCUACCAGUGUCCCUGUUGCCAGGGCCCCGUCUUCCCUCCCACCAACUUGGUCAGUCCGGUCGCGUCUGCCCUCCGAGACAAGCUCUCCACCGUCAACUGGGCUCGGGCUGGACUCCGGCUUCCCCUGAUUGAUGAAACGGAAGUGACACAAGAGAUGGAUACCCACAAUGCCUCAGAGUGCAGCGACUGGUCCAGUUUCACAGCCCUAAAUUCAGAAGAAGCUGCCCCACAGAGUUCGGCCUUUGCCUAUAGUGCCAGCUGCAACUUCGAGUCCCCACAGCAGCAACAGCAGCAGAACCUGAAGAACGGUGUGGCGGACCAACACACGAUUGUCAGCAUGAGUGAUGGAGCCUCCUCGUCACGGAAAAUUUAUGACACCCGGGAAGCAGGCGUGGGCCAGGAUUCGAGCACCACCAUCGACUUCGACGAGGACAAAUACCGGCGGAGACCGACACUCAGUUGGCUCGCCCAGCUGCUCAAGAACCGCUUCGGUACCCGGAAGCAGCCACGAUCGUUAAUGCAGAGGUUUGUCAUCUUCCUUCUGAUCGGCGGGAUUGGUUUCCUGACGCUCGUCGUUGUCAUGAUGAAGCUCGGCCGGGCUUCAGCUGACAACGACCCCAGCCUGGACCCCAAGUUCAACCCUCACAUCCGAGUGGGACAGUAGUGAGUAGGGCCAGCCUCUCCGUCGCCGCGUGGCCCCGUAACCCCAACUCUUGGGCUCUUCCUCUUGGCGGCAGAAUUGCACCCCGGAGGGAGGCCCGGGGUUGCAGCUGCUGGAUGUGUCUCUGUGAGCUUCCCAGCCUGGACAGACAAGGUUGGUUGGGACACCUUUGAAGCUUGGAUGAAGGUAUGCCAGUUAAAAGACGGUCCAUCUCUUCCUCCUCCUCCUCCUCCUCCUCCUCCUCCUCCUCCUCUCCACAGUCUGAUGGACUUGCCAACGGCAAAAUUUUGUUGUCCCAAUUAUGCAGGUGGGCAGUUUAGGGACAGGAUUGAACUAGCAAUUUUAAAGAUGACAACGCCCCCCCCCCUUCCAUUUUUCUUCUCUCAGUGCUGCUCGGUAGGUGGGUGGGCAAAAUAAUUCCCUGUCUCUCUUUUCUCACGACCCGGCAAGAGGGGCUUACCUUGAGGUCCAGUGAUUUCCCCAUUUGCUUUGUUUUUCCUUCUUCGGUGGUUGUUUGAGACGGGAGCGAUCGACUGGGAAUCGUGUGUGUGUGUGUGUCUGUCUGUUUUGCUCUGUUGCCACCCAGCCCGUAGCCAUUUUUAUAAAAGAGCAUGGCCAGGUUUGGGGAUUUCUACGUCAACUAACAGGAUCUCUUAUCCUAAAUCCGUUUUGAUGCUUCUGCACAGAGCUGCCCUUAGUGGUAGGAACACCACAGCUCCCCCCCCCCCCCCCCCCCGAAAAAGGGAGCUCUGUCUAAGGUUGAAGUAACCCCACCUCAACCCUUUCCCUUAACACGGCUGGUUUCCAGCCUCUCUCCGCCGCUUUCCUUCUAAAUGGCCUGCUAGAUACGGGACGCUGGCUGCCUUGGGGAGCCCCACCAAGUGUGUCUUCGCCCCCCUCGGGCUCAGGGGGCCAUCCUGUAGGACCAAAGGCUGCCCCCGCAGCCUUUCUCUGCAACCCAGUGGUUGGGAAAAGUCCAGGGUUUGAUUGGCAGAUGCUUGAAGUGCUGUGGAGAUGAGAAGAGGGGGGACAGCUCAGUGCUUACGAAUGGCUUCCCUUAAUAGGCACUACACAUCCCCCCCCCC